AUGGCGUCUCCAAUUUCUCAUCUCCUCAAGAAACUCAAAACCUUCUUUCUAAUUAUUUUGCUAACCACCACUGUCGUAGUAAGCUCAGAACAACAACAGUGUCGGAAUUUCCAAUCGAUUAUCAGUUUCGGAGAUUCCAUUGCCGACACCGGAAACUUGCUCGGUCUCUCCAACCCUAACGAUCUUCCUCUUGCCGCAUUUCCGCCGUACGGAGAAACUUUCUUCCACAGCCCCACCGGGCGUUUCUCCGAUGGCCGCCUCAUCAUUGACUUCAUCGCUGAAUUUUUGGGGCUUCCUUAUGUUCCACCUUACUAUGGAUCUAAAAAUGGAAGCUUUGAGAAAGGAGCUAAUUUCGCUGUAGCUGGAGCAACCGCAUUGGAACAAGACGCUCUUGAGAGCAGAGGAAUUCAUACUACUUACACCAAUGUGAGUUUACAAGUUCAGCUUAAGAGCUUGAAAGAAAGUUUACCAAAUCUAUGUGCUUCACCUUCAGAUUGCAGAGAAAUGAUUGGAAAUGCUUUGGUUAUCGUCGGAGAAAUCGGAGGGAAUGAUAUUCACAACGGCCUCAUAGCUGGAAAAAGCCUCCACGAGAUCAAACAACAGCUGGUUCCGCUAGUGAUCAACACUGUUUCUUCCGUAAUUACGGAGUUGAUCAGUAUGGGAGCAAGAACGAUCAUGGUGCCUGGGAGCUUCCCAAUCGGAUGCUGGACAGCGGUUUUGACGCUGUAUAAGACAUCAACUAAAGAAGAGUACGAUCCUUUGACAGGAUGUUUGAAAUGGCCUAACGAUUUUGUACAACAACGCAACGAGAAGCUUCAGGAAGAACUCAACAGGCUUCGGAAACGUCACCCUCACGUUACAAUCUUAUACGCUGAUUACUACAACACCGGCUUACGAAUUUUCCAAGAACCGGCCAGAUUCGGGUUCAUGGACCGACCCUUCUCAGCUUGUUGUGGAACAGGAGGUCCGUACAACUACAAUAGUGCUAGUCUGUGUGGGACUAAAGGUGUGGAUUGUUGUGUUGAUCCGAGUAAGUAUGUGAAUUGGGAUGGUAUUCAUUUGACCGAGUCUGCGUACCGAUGGAUCGCCACCGGUUUACUUGAGGGGCCUUAUACGGUUCCUGCUUUCGACUGGUCGUGCCUAGGUUCUGAAAUCAAGAACGCAUCAUCAGGCAAACAAUUUUCUUCUAGCAGUAGGUGA